AUUCGGUAGUUCAGAAAGUGAGACUUUUCAUUUGAUUUAUGGAUCACUGAAAGGGCUGUUUGUAAGGUAAGCCACAGAUGGAGAAAUAUUGAUAUUGCAAAUGAAAGAUGAAGGAGAUCAGAACUCUUUAAGAGAAGCAAGCAUUGUACAUAACAACAGCUCAAGAGCCAUGUGAGCUGCACAGUCAGAGGACAGAAGGAACAGAAACUGCUCUGGAGACCAGGACUGUGGAUGAUAAGGAAAUGGCAGAGGUGGCAAGUCACGUUUCAAAUUGCAGAGUAUGUAACACACAGGAAAUCUGUCCUCUAUGUUUCUAAUCCAUUCAUAAAGCUAGGCAUGGGGUACACAGGGCUGGGGGAACUGGAGGAGCUGCAGGGCAGGCAGGGGGUGCUGGCAGAGCAGUGGAGAGCUGUGGACUGAUACAGAACAAUUCACUACAGGGCAGAAUGGGUAGGGUAGUUUUAAAUAUUUUCCCUGAAAUAUUUUCAUACGAGAGAAUUACUCUCAACAGGAAACAACAAUCAUAAACAGAGAAAGAAAUUAUAAAACCCUCAAAGCCUCAGAAAAGUUGAAUAUUUUCCAAAAAGCAAUUUACACAAAAUGUUUUGAGAAACAAUAAAGAAUGUGGCACCUGAAUUCUCUGUCUUCUUCUGAACUGGUUCAGUCUCAAACCUUUGCAAACUAGCAAUAUCCUGUCCUAAAAAAUCAAAAGUUCAGAAUCUUGAAAACUACCUUACCUCCCCCACCAUAAUAAAAGCAAACCCCAAACCUGGUUUGCUUAUACAGGCAAAUGCAACAUGAAGAUAUAAUCAGUAAAACUAAACCUGAUUUUAAAAAAAGAAGCGUUUAUUCUGAAGACAGGGUUUUGACUAAUCAGAGACUAUCAUCACUUGUCCGCUGCCUAAGUGAUUGCGUAAAAGUAUAUAAAUUACCCCACCACCACCACCACUUUUCUCCUCCCCCCUUUCUGCACUCCUCCCCCCUCACUUGCUAUCAUGUUUUUAAGGAAGACCUUGAGGGCAAGGGUAGGGGAAGCUCAGAGCCUUCCUCAGAGCGGGGAUGGGGACAGCUUGGCCAGAAAUGGAACUCACCCAGUUUUCCCCUGUGACUACAGUCACUUUCAACUACAACUACUACUACUACUACUACGAUGACAACUGCCCAUAUCAGAACCUGCAACAUAUGUCUACUUUUCUCCCUAUCCUGUACACUGCUCUGUUCCUGGUGGGCAUUGUGGGCAACUCCAUCCUGAUAGCAGCCUUAGUCUUCAAGCGACGGGUCCAGAGGCUGAUUGACAUCUUUAUCAUCAACCUUGCUGCAUCUGACUUCAUCUUCCUCAUUACACUUCCGCUCUGGGUGGACAAGGAGGCAUCGGAUGGGAGCUGGAGGGUAGGAGCUUUCCUCUGCAAAACUAGUUCCUAUGUCAUCUCAGUCAACAUGUACUGCAGCAUCCUCCUCCUCACUUGUAUGAGUGCUGACCGGUACCUCGCUAUAAUGCAUCCCUCUAUCGCUAGACGGCUCAGAACAAGAUCCUACUGCAGUGGACUCUGCAUCUGUGUCUGGUUAUUAUCCUGCUGCUUAGGAAUGCCAACCCUUUUGUCCAGAGAACUGAAGAAGCACUAUGGAAAGACUUACUGCACAGACAAAGCCGUGACAGAAGCCAAGCAGAUUAUGUCACUGAUGCUUUUAAUCCUGGCCUUCUUCUUCCCACUGUUGAGUAUCUUAACCUUUUACUGCUCCAUCACCAAAAGACUCUGUGUGCAUUAUCAGAGAACUGGGAAACAUGAUAAGAAACUGAGAAAAUCCAUCAAGAUUGUCUCCAUUGUAGUAGCAGCUUUUGUUAUCUCCUGGGUUCCCUUCAAUCUUUUCAAGCUUAUGGCCAUCCUUUUGGGACUCAUGAAGCAGCCUGACUGUUUUCCUGAUAUGGUUGCCCAGCUGGGUAUGAAGGUGAGCAGCCCUUUUGCUUUUGCCAAUAGCUGUGCCAACCCUUUCAUUUACUAUUGCUUUGACAACUACAUCCGCAGAGCCAUGCUUCGGUGCCUGUGCCCAUGGGUGAAAAGCAGUGGCAGCGGCAGCAACCUGGAUACUCUGGACACUCGCCUAAGCCACUCCUUAUCCAAUUUUAUUGCCGGGGAGAAUGCUGCUAGGAAGAGGAAGCGCUCUGUGUCCCUCUGACAGGGAGCUGGGACUGCACAGGAAGGAACUUCUCUCUCCAAAGACAGCAGGCAAAGAAUAAAGUGAGAGAAGCUGAAAACAAAAGGAGAGAUUAACGACAAAGGUGCAAAUGUAAUGCAGCUGGCACUUCAGGUGGGAGGAACUGCUUCCCUUUAAAUGCAGAUCGAUGGAAUAGGAAACGUUAACCACAGAUUACGGUUCACAGAGAUCACUGUGUCACUGAAUGGUGUAAAGCAGAAACCAUCGUGCCAAGAAAUAUCCACAAAUGCUUAUACCAGAACCCCAGCACAAGUGCUACAAACUAAGACGAAUCAUGUGACUCAGAUAAAGCUGUUGUGAGGCAAGCUUUGAACUUUUACAUGUAUAUAUCUAUAUAUAUAUGUUUUUAUUCUGUGCGGAGCAAGAAAAACAACACAAGUGUUUCUUCUCUCUGGUUCCUAGCUCACCAACAAACAUGUCACAGUGGCCUCAAACCAGCCUGAUACAUUCUGGGGGUUUGGAGGUUUUCUGAAUUUAGAAAUCUAAUGUUUUGAUGGAUUUGUGUGUUACUAGGUCUUGCAGCUUGAGUCCUGUGCAUUUUUCUUUAAGUCUCAGCUUCUUACUAUGGCAUUAAAUCUUCAGCCCAAUUUCUGAUUUCAGAAAAAAAGCUAACUUGAAGGCAGAGAAACGAGAAAAGCAAAAGCAAUACUUCAUUUAACCUUUCUCUUAAAGGCAAAAAACCCAACAACAACAAAAACACUUGUGGGUUUUGAGACUUCUUUGAGGUUCUGACACAAUUUCUGACUGCUUAGGUUGUUCGUACAGUGGUGUAACAGACCUGCAGACCUGCUAAAAGGUUUUAAAUGGAAGACAGCUACACCAGCCAACAUAACUCAUAAGAAAGAGAGAGCAAUGUGCAAAGCCUGAAGACCUGGCUACUGUCUGGACAGCAGGGAAAAGAAAAGGUGAACUGAACAAUGGAAGAGGUAUCUCUCUCAUGUACCUGCAGCACGAGUGCAUUCAGUAUAGCUUUUCUUUUCACACCUCUGUAUGUUCUAAACAUCUGUAAAUAGGGAUGACUAUUUUGGGUGUUACAAAUAAAUCCUGGUAUUUGCAUUUUUUCUUGA